GUGACGUUAAAGAGGAGACAGUGUAGCUGCUGAUAGUGUGCUGCUGUAAUCAUGCUCAAAGCAAUAAACAAGACAAAUUUGAGGCAGCUGACUGGUCUGAUUCAGAGGUUUCAGAGCACUCUGGUUGUUGCCGAACACAACAAUGACACGCUGACCCCCAUCACCCUGAACGCCAUCUCCGCUGCCAAAAAACUGGGCAAUGAAGUGUCCUGUUUGGUUGCUGGAACGAACUGUGCGAAGGUUGCAGAACAGCUGUCCAAAGUUCAAGGGGUGAAGAAAGUUCUGGUUGCUCAGCAUGAAGCCUACAAGGGGUUAUUGCCAGAAGAGCUUACACCCCUCAUUUUGGCAACCCAGAAACAGUUCAGUUUCACACACAUCUGUGCAGGAGCCUCUGCUUUUGGAAAGAAUCUCCUUCCGAGAGUGGCAGCCAAGUUGGAUGUGGCUCCAAUUUCAGACAUCAUUGAAAUCAAAUCCCCAGACACCUUUGUGAGGACCAUUUAUGCUGGAAAUGCCCUCAGCACAGUCAAGUGCAAUGAAAGCAUCAAGAUCUUCACCGUUAGAGGGACCUCCUUUGAGCCCGCCGAAAUUGAAGGAGGCAGCGCCUCUUCAGAAGAAGUCUCUUCGUCUACCUCUGCUGGACUCUCUGAGUGGCUAGGACAAACCCUAACUAAGAGUGACCGGCCAGAGCUCACCGGUGCUAAAGUGGUCGUGUCGGGAGGAAGGGGCUUGAAGAGCGGCGACAACUUCAAACUGCUCUUCGACCUUGCUGAUAAGCUCAACGCAGCCGUUGGCGCCUCCAGAGCUGCGGUUGAUGCUGGCUAUGUCCCCAAUGACAUGCAGGUUGGACAAACGGGAAAGAUCGUAGCUCCUGAGCUGUACAUUGCUGUUGGCAUCUCUGGAGCUAUUCAACAUCUCGCUGGAAUGAAAGAUAGCAAGACCAUCGUGGCCAUCAAUAAGGACCCAGAAGCCCCCAUUUUCCAGGUGGCUGACUAUGGCCUAGUGGCAGAUCUGUUCAAGGUUGUACCCGAGUUGACUGAAGCUUUGAACAAGUGAGUAUCCUAAAAAAAGGUGGUACCUACCUGGAAACCUGCAGGAGAACUUCACUGAAAACCUCUCAACGCCUGCCUUAAGCUCAGAGCAGAUACUCUACCUCUCUUGAAGAUCACACUUUCAUGUACUACCAACCUCUAAUGUAAACAACAUACCCUUUUUUUAAUAAAAGCACUGAAGAAAUCUGACAUCUGGGGUUGAAAUGGUUGCAUGUUGGUUCGCUUGUAAUGUAGUUUCAACUAACUCCAUUUGUCAGUCUAUUGUGCAUUAAAAUAUAAAAGUACUGAGGAAAGUACAGACCACAUUGUUGUAGUUCUCAUUUAUGUAGCAGUUAUAAAUGGUUGUCUUAUGGAAUACAUAUUCUGUUUAUGGAAGUAAACUUACUGCUUGAUAAGGUAGAUGUCUACCCCUGGAUAUUCAUUAAAGGGAUCCAAUCAACA